AUGCCUUCUGCCCAUCCUUCAGCAAUCCCAAUGCUGGCACCAUCACCAGCAAAACCCUCUACCAGACGUACAUCCUCUGCUCUCCAAGGGUUUCCUUCAUCUUCGUCCUCUGUUUCAAUCUUCUCCUGUGUCCAAACAAACCCUCAGAAAUACUCACUCCUAAACUCAUCCACUUCUCUAAUCUCUACAAUCCUUCAAAACAACCUACAAACCCUUCCAUCACCAUCUCUCCCCAUUCAUAACCCUCCACACUCUCUAGACAAAUCCCUAGCAGCUGCUGCUCAACGUCUCGUCCUUUCCCCAGGCCACAAUCUCACUCUACUCCUGCGUCCAGGAUCUCUCCCAGACCCAUCAUCAUCACUAGCUUCUCAUGUCCUUCACCUUGCUGCAAAACCUCUCUUUGCUCACCUCGAAUCCGCCUCCUUACCUCAGCCAUCCGCCAUCCCAGUCUCCAAAACAAAACUCCGACCAUCAACUCCACUAGGCAGACGCCAAUCCCUCGACCAAACUGUCCAGUCACAUACUCUCCACACUUCAGAAAUCAAACUCGCAUAUUGCCAGCUUCCUGCUGACCCUGAAGUCCUAGGAGCAGCCCCCUGUGACCUGCUCCAAUCAUUACCUACAACAACAACUACUACCAAUACAUCAACUUCAUCUUCUUCCAUACAACACCCACCCUUAGCUGGCCCCCGUCCAGUCGCAUCCUACACUGGCUUUAAAAACCUUCUUGCAACAGCUGCCCCACCGCUCCCGCUCGCAGGCCCUGCAGUUCUAACUCUUACAAUCGGACUACGUGCAAACGGCCCGCCAGCAUCUGUUUCCCUUGCACCAUCCACUCUCACCAUUGUUGACUUGACUUUGGCUUCUCCCGCUGAUGCUCACGGUAUGGCAGCCGUAGUUGCACACCUCGCUGAAACCGCUGCAGGAAGAGCCAACCCUAACACUGUGCCAUACCAUGCAUCCCAUCUCACACAAGUUCUACGUCCAGCGUUGGCUCCAAGAAACUCCACGGUCUUUGUCGUGGCCGAUCUCUCCGCACUCACCUCCAAUCCUCACCUCUCCCGUGCUCACCACUCGGCAAUUCCUAUCAGUAGAGUCUCGUCGAUUUCAUCAUCACAAACAACAGCAUGUAGUAGUGCAUCCGAAACAGAAGACGAUGACGACCAUGAUACAAGCAUGCUUUUGUCGCCAGUUCCAGCCUCUUCUUCAUCAUUCACAUCAUCUACUAGCGUCAAGUCCCAGCAGCUGCUCAGCAGGGUUAAGCUGCUUCAAGAAGAACUUAGCAUCUCCAAACAACAACCCCCUUUGUCGCCACCACAUGCACAAAAAGAUUACUCCUACGUCACACAGAAAAUCCCAAUGCUCUCACCACCUGCUGAUAACCCACCCCCAUACAUGCGCCAGUCUCUCACAGAGUCCUCAGACGAAAACAAUAGCAACAACAAUGACAAUGACGACGACGACGACGACGACGACGACGAUGACGAUCUGGUCGACGUGUCCAUGGCCUCUGCCACUUCUACUUCCUCACACAACACUUCCACCAACUCGACCAACUGCCGCAGUUCCGGCAAAUCCUCUUCUUCCUCAGCCAAGCCUCGUUCCCUUAACUCUUCCAUCCUGAUCCCUGCCACUUCUGCAUACACCGCAUGCUGCCAUGCUGACCACAACCACGAUGGCGACCGUGUUAAGCUAUUAGAGUGCGUGGUAAAUGACUAUGAGGAAGCCAUUGUGUCUGUGCAAUCGCGCAAUGCUGAUCUUGUGUGCACCAACGUGAAAUUGCAGAGCGAAAUUGACGAACGGACUCACGAGCUACGCGAAAUGCACGACAUGAAUGCGGACCUGUUGGUUCUGGUGGAAGAGUAUGAGGCCCAUGUAACUGCGUUGAUUGAGAUUGAUGCCCAUGACCAGCAAACUAAACAACAACAACAACAGGUGGCUCAGCACUCGCCAACAUCUACGGAAAAGUUCUUGCUGGAUCCCGAGGACACUUUCCAAAUGGCGGCACGUAUGGCUCGUCUGGAAGAAGAGCUUGAGCAGCAACGUAACGAAGUGAAAUUGUUACGGUUAGCUCAGAAACAGCAUGCAUCUGAGGCCCAGUUUCUAACACAGCGCUACAAUGCGUCGUGUGUUGAGAAUGAUGAGUUGCGUGCAGAAAAUGAAAAACUGUUGCAGCAAACAUCCCUGGCCACAGAUCCCACUACUAGUACACACACGCAACACUCCCAUGUAGUCCUCCAGGAAUCUCAAACUGGCAACCUGCCACAAAACAACGAAUCGCCGCGUAAAAAAGCAGAGCUCGCAAACACACUCUCCAUGCUAACCGGUACCGGCACUGGAACUGGCUUGCCAACCUCUUGUAACAAUGCCACUGCUACCACCAAUACCAAUACUAACACAACUCCAACCAAGCGCGCAAAUGCACACAAACGCAUCUCAUCAAUGUCAUUUUUCCAGUACAGACCAAUGACCCUGACCAAGCGUGCUAUGCCUGAAAACGGCUCAACAAUUUAUCACUAUCCAUCGAAAAACUCGUCUCCAGUAAAGCGCUCACUUUCGUCUACUUCGUCUCAGGGUGCCACAAGCAGCGACGAAGACUCAAUGAGAGAAAACUUGGCUCCUAUAAACCAACCACAUAAAACUUUGGCCCAGGAACUCGAUGAUACUAGCUUUUAA